GUAGCCAACAGAGAGGACGGGGAAAAGUUGUGAGGUAGCCGGAGGGACGGGCAGGGAGGAGAGUCAGCGUCAUUGGUGCUCUGCUGAGGGGAAGCAAGAGCAGCUUUUCCUCCGGUCCGUCUGUCUCUCCACAUUUCUGUCUUUCUCUCUGUCUACCUCUCCACUGUAAUUAUCUGUCAUCCUGGCUGUGGCUGUGAUGUGGUGGGUUCUGCAGUGAAAGUGCCGGCUGGCGGAUUCUCCUUGAGUGAACCCUGACUGUGCGCAGUAUUCGCUGCUGUCCUGUCCACACUGACUCAGCUGUGCAGGCAGCCUGCCGGCCUCUGAGCGAACACCAGCUGCAAGAGCAGCCUCUUCCACCGUGGUGCACUGGGGUUAGGCGGGCAGGCUGCCUGCACCCUGACAACUGCGUGUGCUCGACUGGGACGUGCCUUGUUCGGGGUCCAGACAGCAUAUUCCAGAUUCAACACUGUAAACCAGAGAAGCCGAGCGGGGCUAAAGGAUAUUUUACGAGCUAUCUGGGAGCCGUUGGAUCCUGCAGCAGUAUCUGUUUCGAAACAGACAAGCCGGCUGCCAUGGAGGUGCAGUGGCUUGGGGUUGAAUUCCCGAGGCCGGGCCCUCCACAUAGAGCCGUUGGCCUGAUCUUCUCCAUACUGCUUGGCGCUUGGUCUGCUCAGGCCCUGGAGAUGUUGGUUGGGAAGAUUCCUUUUCUGCAGGCAGUGAACGGCAGCACGGUCAUGUUGCCUUGCUCAUACGCCAGCUGUAUCGGUAUAGAGGACCUCUAUUUUAACUGGCAGUUCAACGACAACGGCACCAUGCAGAAGGUGUGUGAUUCAGUGAUAGCAUCGGAGACGUCGGUGCCUAAAGUGGCCAUCUAUCGGGAGCGGGUGGAGUUUGUGGGGAUGAACCGUGCCAACAACAUCUCCAUCUUGCUGUGGAACAUCACCUUUGAGGACGGAGGCGAAUACACUUGUUUUGGACGCAAUCCCAAAGAGAAGGGCAGGAACCACAGUGCCAUCUUCCACCUGCUCGUGGUGGACGAGUUGAAGGUGGUGGACAACACGCUGACCAUCAUGAUAGCCUCAGCUGUGGGAGGAGCCAUCGCAGCUCUAAUGGGCUUCAUGUUGCUCAAGAACUUCACUCUUUAUGUUCUUUCCAAGCUCGAGGAGAGAAAUAAGGAGUGCCUUGUAACUUCAUCAGGGAUCGACAACACAGAAAAUGGCCUCUCAGGAUCCAAAGCGGAUUCAAAACCAACACCAAAAAAGAAAUGAGAAAGCGCAUGUAUAUGAAACCAUAUUUAUGUACCUUCUUUGCAUAUAUUGGUAUAUGCACAUGUGAUGCACACUGGAACAUGUAUUAGUGUUAAGUUUGGAUCCUAAAAACAGCCUGGCUGUGGCUCACAAAGGAGAAUACAUGCGGCUGCGUACAAAUGUGUUUGAUGAUAUACAACUGAAGAAUGAUGAUUACAGAGUACAUGUUAAGUGCACAUGACAGAGCUUGAUUGAUUGAUUUAUUAUUAUUAUUGAUUUAUUGAGAAUAAUUUCUAAAUUAUAUAAUAUUUACUUCCCGCGUCCCACCUGGUGUCUUAGUCAUCAACCUCUUUUCAACAUAUUAUCCAUAUUAUUUGUGUUUUUUGAGUGGAACCAUUAACUGGGUCUGAUAACAGUUCAACAUUAUA